AUGCUGAAUUCCGUCAGCGAGACCUUGGCGGUUCAGCUCGCCUCUCAUGAGAUCAGUGUCGCCCUGCCCUCCCACAGCUCGCUUCGACGUCCGUGGCUUCCACGCCGAGCGUCAACGGCCUUCUUCUUCAGCGCCUCAGCUCUCUUCGCUGAGGAGCAACGCCUCUGUCUGCGCGGCAUCAAGUCCCCGUCGGCUUUCGGCGUCUGCGUUCAGGCCUCCGCGCCGGUUCCGCUGGGCGCGAGGGGGGAGGCAGGCGGCCGCUGCGCUCGUCCGCGGAGCUGUGAACCGGGGCGACCGCGCUUCUCUCCUCGCUCUGCAGCGUCUCCGAAAGCAGUGCAGGAUUCGAAGAGACAAUCCGGAAGCAUGUCGCCCGGCGUAUGGGGCCUGCGGACCUUUUCAGGUCAGCCCGCUGCGCGCAUCUACCGUAGUUCGCUGCGGACGCGCUCCGUCGCCUCGCGCGCCGCAGUCGGUCUACAGACACACGCGGGUCCUUUGCAGUUGUCUCCAAGGGGGAACGCAGCGUGGGGAACUGGAGGCGAGAGUCUGGAGUCGAGGAACCUGCCUGUUCCUGGCAGGCAGAGCUCCUCCGGUCGUUGCGCCCCGCUGAAAACGCGCGCCUGCUCUGGCGCCGCUGCAGAGGCGUCUUCCACGCGUGGCGCUUCGACUGCUCCUGCGUUUCAAACGCCGUCCGCUUCUGCCGCCAAACGCGCUCUAUCGCCGCGGGUUCGGAGGCGUUCCGCGGCGUCUGGGCUCUCUUCGCUUCCUCGCCCGCCUGGGACGUCGUCUGCCGUAUCAGCCUGUCCUGCGGCUCCCUUUGAGUCACGCUGUUCGCCACGCCUCUCUUGUCUCUCUGCCUCGCCGUCGCCCGCCUGUGCGUGCCCCGCGGAGCCCGCGGGCGACGCAGCCGUCAAAGCCUCGGCGUUGUCUGCCCUCGCCUUCCCUCGAUCACACAGUGCAUUUCAGUCCUUGGGAGCCGCGAAAUUCGGCUCAAGUCUGCCUUGGGAGCUGCGCACUCUGUCAGGCCUCGCUCGUUCGUCCCCACGGUCCUUUCAGGCUUCCUCUGCGUCGCUCUCGUGUGCCUCGCGGCCUUCACGCCUGCGGCGCAAGCCGGCGGCGCUCGACUCCGAGGCGCUGCAGGCAGAGCUGGGCAGCGCGCCGCGCAGUUCUGCGGGAGGCGAGGUCGGUCCUUUGCUCAGCUCUGAUUCUGCGCAGGACACGUCCGCCCUCCGAGACGCGCGAGGCAAGACGGCCUGCGCGACUCUCGAAACUGAGUGGCGAGCAAGGCAGCCGCGGAGGACUCCUCCUCCGCCUCAGUGGACGCGAGAGUGUGGAGAAGAGGCGCGGCGGAGGCUGGAAGAGGAAGAGGAGAAGAAGCGGAACACCAUCUGGGCGCGCGUGAAGCGGCCGAUUGCAGACCGGGAGCGGAUGAAAAAAGACAUGCUGCUCAACGCAGUCGCGGCGCUGAUCAUCUACGGCAUUAGCGACGCCUCCGCGCAAACGCUACAGCAGCGGCUGCGCGAACUCGCCGAGGAACCCGAAGAAGGGGAGGACAAGCGGAGCGGCGACGAGGCCGCAAGGCUCUCCGGGGGAGGUACACUGGAGGACGCGCGAGGCGGUGUGGGCACCGAGGCAAGGAUCGAGGGCGACACGGCAUUUUCGCGCAAGAGCGAGGCUCUGAUGCAGAGAGUGUCGCAGACUGCCGAGGGAGAGGAACACCUUCUUUCAGAGGGCAAGGAGAAGGAAGGCGGCAACGGCCAGCCUUCGUGGAAAGAGUGGGACUGGCGCAGGACGGUGUCGCUUGCGCUGGAGGGUUUCAUCAUCAACGGUUUUUUGUUGACAGCCUUCUACCACAAGUUGGAGGUCAUGCUGCACGACGCUGCUCUCUCGGCUUCGCCGCAGCCUGGCGGCGCGCAUUCGUCGUCGUCUGGCGUCGCAGCCGCGGGAUCCUUGUCUCCUCUGUCCAGUCAGGAGCCUGCCUUCGCCUUAUCCUCUGCCUCAACGUCGCCCGUCUCAUCCUCUGCCUCGGCGUCGCCCGCCUCAGGCUCGGCGGGUUCGUCCAGCGGGUCCACCGGGGCUAGGUCGCCUCCACCUCCGCCGGAAAAGCCGUCUCUGCUUCGCCGCGUGGUCGCCUGUCUCGCACUUUCGUCUUCCUUCCCUGCGACGCCGCUCACGCCGCGCCAGCGGAAUCUCAUGCUCUGGCGGCAGAGCGCCUACAAGGUGCUGAUGGGUCAGAUUGUCUUUAUGCCUUUUGCAGCCCUCACGCUGUUGUUCCUGGCGCCGGUCCUCCGCGCCGGGCUGUUCUUCCUCUUCCCGCCGCCCGCGGCCUCGGGCCCCGCUGCGGCCAUCGCCUCGCUCCCCUCGCGCGCGCCCGCGCCGCCGGGGGUUGGGCUCCAUUCCGACGCCCCGACGACCGCGGUCGGCGCGCCGGUCCGGGGUCCCGGGCCCGCGCCGGGGACAGAGACAGCCAGCCGGGGAGGGACAGAGGCCGGACGGCCGCAGGGAGAGGAGGGAGAGGGGCUGGAACGCCAAGAGAACUGGCUGCGGCUCGCGUGCCAGGAGGGACUCCUGUGCAUCCGACAGAGUCUCCGCGAGGUGUAUGUCGCCAGUUGGUACGUCUGGCCUCUCUCAGACGUGAUCAAUUUCAGAUUCAUUCCGCUGACCUUCCGACCGCUGUGGGACACGACGCUGGAUCUCUUUUGGACGGUCUAUCUCUCCGCGGCGGCGUAUCCUCGGGGCUUGGAGCUCGCGGCGCGGCUCGCCUCCCACAAGACGCAGCGUGAGGAGCCGCGCGCGGAGGACGAAGUGCGCGCCAAGUCGCAGAUGGAGACGCUUGUGACGCUCGUGCGCGCAGUGAAGAUCAUCCUCUUCGAGGCUCCGCGCUGA